AUGGUGCAGAACAAAUCUACUGCCACGGCAAUGCACAUCAAGGAACAGGACAUCUUCGACUAUAUCCGGACCAAAAGUAACCUGACGUUGUGGGGGACGCAGCUGGAGUCGAGUCACAACGCUUCGAAGCUUCUCCAUUUCAUCAAAAUUGAUAGGUUUACAAUAUUGGACCACAUCAAAAACAUCCACGUUCGAGGUAGUUUUAAGGUGACUCCCAUACAGGAGAAGAUUUUAGAGAGCCGCCUAAAGUGGUACGGUGAUAUCAUGUGGCAACCAUUAGACCACAUGACAAGAACAGUGCUUAACAUAAGUACCCAGCCCAGAAGACGCGGCAGACCUCGUCUCACAUGGAUGUCCGUUAUUGACAGGGAUAUAAAAAGCGCCAAAAUAACAUCCCAAACGACCCAGGACAGAACGUCCUGGCGAAGACUGACCAGACGGGCCGACCCCAAAAUAAAUGGGACCAAGGCUAGGCAAAAGAAAAAGAAUUCAAACGGGAAUCCAAAUUACGGCCUGAGGCGAGUUUCGAACCCCUAG